GGAAGACUUCAAUAAAGACCCUCCCAGAUGGUAGCGUGUUGAUGCUCACUUCUGCUUCCACAAACUGAAGUCAGUUCAUUAUUAACUAGUGUGUUGAGUGAAGAACAGAACGGAAGGAGAUGGGAGCUGUGAUUAUCCCACGGAAUUUGCCGGUCGGAUACAGAUUCCAUCCAACCGAUGAGGAAUUCGUCGAACAUUACUUGACGAACCGAGUCCUCGGAAUCGUAGAGCGUCCCUGCAUAAUUCCAGAUGUUGACAUCUGCAGGUGGGAUCCUUGGGAACUACCACAGAAGUUUCAUGGUGAAUCAAUCAUUCCCCCGGAUGACAAAGUUCAAGAGUGGUGGUUCUUCUGUUUGCAAACAUCCCAACAGGCUAAGAGAUCUACUCCCUCGGGCUAUUGGAAGAAGACUGGUCCUGAUCGGAAUGUCAAGGCCAGAGAUACGAACAGAGUAAUUGGUACUAAGAAAACAUUAGUGUUCCACAAAGGUCGGGGCUCUAGGGCAAUCAAUACCAAGUGGGUCAUACAUGAAUUUCAUCUACUCGCCAAUGAUUUGAAUAGGAAUUAUGUUCUGUGUUGGUUAAAGCAUACACAAGAUGAGAAGGCUGAUAAUUCAACCCCGGAAUUAGCACAUGGAGCCAUUAACCUGGAGGAUUUGGAUUGGGAUCUUCAUCAACCUGAUCAUGAGGACUCAUUGCCUGAGCUGCGAAGGAAAAUACCUUUGAUCCAAGCAAUGAUCAAUUCACUGAUAGAGCCCCCAUUUCAGCCCAAGAACCAAGUUCAAGUUGCUUCAUCUGACCUCCUGCAGCUGCUUCAGCCUGCCCUGCGAUCACAAAGUAGCCUUCCCUCCAAUAUACAUCAGUUUAUGAAUACUGAGAGUUCAUCUUUUAUGGACUUCUCAUUGGAGAAUGGCACUACUGACGAAUCUAUCCAAUUGGAAUCAUUGUUUGGAACAAGUGAAGAGGAUGAAGAUUUCAGUAACAUGCUAAACGAAGAUCUUUUUGAAGAGGUUGAAGAUGUUGAGAUGCUAAGUGGAGAUUUAUUUUGUGGCGACUUCUUCGACGGAGACCAAAUGCAAGCACAGUAUGCCCAAACAUCUAACUCGCAUGAUGAACGUCCUGUUCUAAUGGAGAAUCGGCGAACACGAACAAUCGACUCACUCCAUGGUUUUGUUCCUCUUGAGGAAAAGAAAGGCAUGGUGGAGAAUAAGUUCAACGGCUCACUUGUUGCCCCCGAGAAACCUAUGGCACCUCCUGUACGCGCUGCAAGUGUCAAAUAUUAUGGCAAAGAUGAAGAGCCGAGGUUUAGAAAGGUUAAGCAGGAAACUGUAGCCAAAAGUAUCAAACCAGAAUGCAUAUAUUUGGAUGAAACAGCAGCCAGAGCAAAGAAUGGCCAAAUAUCUAUAAUGGAGAAUCGCAAAACACCAACAAUUGAGUCACUCCAUGGUGUUGUUCCUUUUGAGCAAAAGAAAGGCUUCAUACAGAGUAAAUUCAACAGCUCACAUGUUUCCUCCACCAAAUCUAUGGAGCUUCUGAAAGAGCCCAAGACUCCAAAAAUGCCCGAGUCUCCAAGAAUCUAUAUCAAUGAAGAACAGAGGCUCGAAAAGGUUAAGAAGCAGGGAAUUGCAUUGAAAAAUGUUAAAACAGAAUGUGUAUCUUUGGAUGAAUCUGCAGCAAAAGAGAAGGUACUAAAAUACAGAGAGCACGGUGGAACCAGUAAUUCACCGAGGAAGACAAACAACAAGGAGAUUGAACAUGCCAGAGAGAAAUCAAAUUCAGUGACUGCAUUGACCGGACCAUCCACCAAGAGCACAAACGGUUCCACAAAUCGUCCCCUGCGUAAUCUUGUGAACCUGCUCGGCGGGAUUCUCCUGCUGAUCGCCAUCACUUACAUUCACUUACCAAGUAUUUAAUUUAUAAUUUUCACUGCUAUUUUGCCCUGAGUGUGAUGCAGCAUCAUUGACAAGUACGAUUGUAAAAAAGGGUUUUGUAUGUUGUGAAUUCAGGUGUAUGUAGCUUGUCUUCCUUUUGAUGCUGAUGCUUUGGUACUUCUUUUUGCGUCAGCGGAAUUGGAAGAUCUCACUAGAUGUGCAACUGCUCUGUAAUUUUACUUUCUUCGUUCUCUGCUGUAUAUAAUGCGAAGAAACAAGAAGUUGCCACGGUU